AUGGCAGUCCAAUCGAACGAAUUCAAUGUCGCAAUCGUUGGUGCUGGUGUCGCCGGCCUUGCACUGGCCAUGGGUCUUCACAGGAAGGGGGUGCCAUUCACCAUCUACGAGGAAGCAAAGGAGUACUCCGUUGUUGGUGCCGGUAUCGGAUUCGGCCCAAAUGGCAUGCAAGCGUUGGAUAUGAUUGAGCCUCGCUUCCGUCCUCUCUACGAGAAUCUUUGUGUUGGAAAUAAAGGCGUCGACGCGCAAUGGGUGUUCUUCGAAGGUUUACUGCUCGAGCCUGGUCUCGGCCAAGAUCAGGCCUGGAAUGGCAACCUUAAGUCGGCGUGGGGACAUCCGGAUUACCUUCGCAAGUCUGCUCACAGAAAGGAGUUGCUCGAUGUCAUGACCAGCUUCAUUCCCAUCGGCAGCGUCAAGUUCAACAAGAAGCUCACCGCUAUCAGGGAGGAACCUGAGAGAGUUAUCUUAGGGUUUGCGGAUGGUGAGGUUGCUAGCCACACUAUCCUAGCAGGUUCCGACGGUAUCGCAAGUAUUGUGCGAGAAUAUCUCCUGAAGCCAAUUCACCCUGAGGAAGCACUUCCCGUGUAUUCUGGUGCCCAUUGCUACCGAGCUGUCAUUCCAAUGACCGAGGCGUACGAAAUUAUUGGCGACGUGACUGAUGUUGCGAAGGUUUUUUUCGGUCAUAACAAGGGUGCUGUGUCAUACCGAAUUACUGGAGGCAAAGAGUGGAACUUCCUUCUCAUCAAGGCUACUCCAAACGAAGCCUGGCCAUACCCGGGCAGGGUCACCAAGCAGGUCACUCAUCAGGAGAUGAUGGCUGAUUUCGAUAUCCCCGGCAUUGAUGAUCGAUUCCGAAAACUUGUGGCCAAGGCAAAAACGGUCAAGUGGGGUUUGUUCCAUCAUUCUAAGACCUCGACGUAUUACAGAGACAGAAUUUGUCUCCUUGGUGAUAGUGCCCACGCCUCAAUGCCGUUCCAGGCCGCUGGAGCUGCCCAGGGUGUAGAAGAUGCGCUCGUUCUCACUUACGUUCUCGAGGAGCUUGCGAAGAGCUCUGCUAGAGGUUCUGAGCAACUUAUUGAGAUCAAUGCAGGCCUCAAGGCGUAUGAUGCGGUCAGGAGACCUCGGGCGCAAAGGCAGCUCGAUCGGGCCUUCGAGGUUGGGAAAAUGAUCUACUUCCAGCAUCCGGAGUGCGGAGAUGAUAUAAACAAGAUUCUUCACAAAUUGCAGAACGGCUGGUUGGACUGGCUAUGGUUCCCCGACUUGCAGGCUGAUGUUGACACAGCUUUGUCUCAAACACGACUGGAAAUGCAAAGAAAAAAAAAAGCAAAAUUGCUGAAAGAGAAUCAGCAAGGCUCAGUAUGA